AUGGACUCUGGUGAUGAGCGAGAAGAACAUUCCCGAGCCACCGCCUCUGCUCCCACACCUCGCGGGCCCACUCAGGCACAGCUCGAGCGGUCUAAGAUGCCCUCGAAGAUGCCGGAGUUGAGGUCCCGGAGGGAUGCCGGCAUCGUUGUGCCGGAGGGGGUUCUGCCCCCGACAAGGGUGCUCACCGAAGCCCAGAGGCUAAGGAAGAGAGAGCUCCGGCGCGAGCUGGAGCGUCUCAAGGCACUGGAACAGGAGUACCGGGAGGAUUACAAUGUGAAGAUGGACGAGUGGUCUACCUCCCGGAAAGAGCUAGAGGAUCAACUUUCAGCGCUGGACCAGGCAUACUUAACCCCAUUAUCGAUGCCCUCGAGGAUGCUGGUGUAG